AUGUGUCCUCAUCACCUUGAGCCUGGCGUCUGUCUCAGAACGCAAGAUGUCCUUGUCAAUGUAAGCGGCGGCUUAAUCCCCACUCCAGAAGACCCAGAAGUUCUUAUUGAAUGGGACCUUGAGUUUGCCAAUUUCCAGAAGAAUCCUUCUCGCUUUCUGGAAGUAUGUCGCCAUAUCAGUUUUGCCGGCUUAAAAGAUGGCAUUAUAGAGCUUCUUGGCGGAAAACCUGGAGGGAAGCCUAUCCCCUACAGAUGUGAGGUCUGUAACACAGACGUCUGCAUUGAAAUCAAACGAUUUGACUUUAAAACUGCUCUUUUUAUGACAAAGUGGGUUGGCCUAGGCCAUGUCAUCUACGAGGAUGAUCCAUUGUGGAAGAGCCACGUCUUUUGGAACGAUGAAGAUAUUGAUAUCGGAAAGAUCAAUGAUGAUGACCUUCAAUGUCCCCAUGGCAUCAGAGUCGUUGAGGGACUUGAUAUUUCGGAAUCUCUCUUGCCUGAGAAAUAA